AUGUCUACAUCCUCGGUACGUUUUGCAUUCAGGCGGUUCUGGCAGAGCGAGACAGGCCCUAAGACGGUCCAUUUCUGGGCUCCCACUUUGAAAUGGGGGUUGGUUUUCGCUGGGUUCAGCGAUAUGAAGAGGCCCGUGGAGAAAAUUUCCGGUGCUCAAAACUUGUCGCUGCUCUCCACUGCGAUGAUUUGGACCCGUUGGUCGUUCGUCAUCAAGCCCAGGAAUAUCUUGUUGGCCUCCGUCAACUCGUUUCUUUGCCUAACGGCCGGCUACCAAUUGAGUAGAAUCGCCAACUACAGGAUACGGAACGGUGAUUCCAUAUCGCAGUUAUUCAGCUACAUCCUCAGGGGUGCCGACGAAAGCACAAAGGAAAUUACUACAGGCAGAUAA